ACAACUGCAUGCAAGGAAGUAAAACAAUACAACAAAGAAAUGAUGCAAAUGCAAACAGAAAUGUGUUUCUACAAAGAUGUUUAUCCAAAGCCAUAUUUGAUUAUUAUGAGCUUUGAUAAAGUAUACUCUGUCGAUUCUAUUACUGGAGAUAUUCAUGUCAGCACUAUUAAUGGAUCCAGUAAGAAUAAAUUUGACCAUGCAUCAAAAUAUAAUGACAUAGAAAUUGAUGUAGUUGAGAAUGUGCUUUACUACAUUGAUGACAAAGACAUCAAACGGGGAAAUUUUGACUUAACUAGAAACGAAGUUUUUGCGAAAAAUGUUUCUGUUCAUGAUAUUACAGUUGACUGGAUUGGUCGUCGUAUCUUUUACAUUGACUCCACGAACAUUAUCUACCAAAUUCAUUUGAAAAAGAAAAUUACAAGUGUUAUGAGGCUUCAACCAGGCUUACAAUUUUCCAGCAUUGCAUUUGACUCAAAACAUGGGUAUCUAUUCUUGGCAGAAAGUACAGAAGUUUUCUUAUGGUUAUGGAGCAUGACUGCAAAUAAACAUGAUAUUUUUUCAGUUUCACUUCAAUCAAUAGCACAUGAUCUAACGCUUGACAUGACAAAAGAGAAGAUUUAUUGGCGAGUUUCAAACGGAAAUGUUUUUUGUUGUGAUUACUACUCCCAUGAUGUAAUUAAUUUUGGAACUUCAGGAGGUCCCAUGGCAGUAUUUAAAGAUUUGAUUUAUAUCAUAACUAGUGUCGGACGAAAUGUCGUUAGUGUCCAUAACACAACAGAUCAACGUACGAGGCGUAAAUAUUUUCUUCCUGUGAACAACGGUUAUCUUGAUUUGGCUGUAGCUAUACACAGUAUCACUCCUGACUCAAACGGUAGUUAA